AUGAAACGUGUUUUGCUCGCCAAGUUCCUUUUAUGGACUGGCUUCGCUGCUAGCUAUGCUGUCGGAUCCACCGAGUCAAUUGAUCGACGAGCUGUCCAAGAUUCCAACCAAAAGACAGCAAUACCGAGCCGUGAUGGUCUUCGAUUCGUCAUCGACGGUCACGCAGACUACUUUGCCGGCAGCAACUCUUAUUGGAUCCCUUUCCUCAAGAGUAACUCUGACGUGGACAUGGUCAUGAGCCAUCUCAAACAAUCCGGCCUCAAGGUGCUCCGUGUCUGGGGAUUCAACGAUGUCAACGAAAUCCCCACAGAUGGCCGUGUCUGGUUCCAUCACAUCCAAAAUGGAGCAUCGGUAAUCAACGAGGGAGCCGAUGGCCUACAGCGUCUGGACUAUGUUGUAAAGUCUGCCGAAGCGCAUAAUGUUAAGCUCAUCGUCAACUUUGUCAAUAACUGGGGCGAUUAUGGCGGUAUUGCUGCUUACAAUACGGCCUUUGGCGGCAACGCAACGUCCUGGUACACGGAUAAGGCGUCGCAAAAGUCUUACCGUGAUUACAUCAAGGCCGUUAUCUCUCGGUACAAGGGAUCGUCGGCUAUCUUUGCUUGGGAGCUUGCCAAUGAGCCUCGUUGCCGUGGAUGUGAUACCAGUGUGAUCUAUAACUGGGCAAAGAGCACCAGCGCCUUUAUCAAGUCCCUUGAGCCCGCCCGAAUGGUUUGCAUUGGAGAUGAGGGAAUGGGUCUCACCACCCAGUCGGAUGGCAGCUAUCCAUUCACUUAUUACGAGGGAGUGGAUUUCGAGAAGAACCUCCAAAUCCCCACCAUCGACUUUGGCACACUUCACCUGUAUCCCAGCCAGUGGAGUGAGCAAGAUCCCUGGGGCAACCUCUGGAUUAAAGCCCACGGUGCCGCUUGUGUCAAGGCCGGAAAGCCAUGCUUGUUGGAGGAGUAUGGCUCCCUUGCGCUUGCAGCAUCUGAAGCUUCGUGGCAGCAGACUGCGUUGAAGUCAAAAGGAAUUGCGGGUGAUACUUUCUGGCAAUAUGGAGACAACCUAUCCUCUGGCCCCUCGCCUAAUGACGGAUACACCGUCUACCGUGGAACUGCUAACUAUACCAUCCUGGUGACUGACCAUGUGAAGGACGUCAAGAAAUUGAAUAGUCACUAG